ACCCCACAGCUCAGCAUUUCCCUCACCGACACAGGGACUGGGACCCACUCUGCCCUGUGAGAGGCACACAUGGUGCUCCUGCUGCUGCUGCCCCUGCUGUGGGGGGGGUCCGUGCAGGAGAAGACAGGCUAUGAGCUCCAAAUGCAGGAAUUGGUGACAGUCCAGGAUGGUCUGUGUGUCCACGUGCCCUGCUUCUUCUCCUACCCGUGGAGUUCAUGGUCUUCCUCUAGUGAACUCUACACCUACUGGUACCGGAGGUGGGACAACACAGGUUAUACUGAUCUUGUGGCCACAAACAACCGAAAUAAAGCAGUGAAGCGGGAGACCCAGGGCCGAUUCCUCCUCGCAGCCCCCAGGACCAACAACUGUUCCCUGAGCAUCAGAGACGCCAGGAAGAGUGAUGCAGGAACCUAUGUCUUCCGAGUGGAGAGAGGAUAUAAUGUGAAAUAUACUUACCAAGAUAAGAUGUUGACUUUGCAUGUGACAGAACUGACACAGAAGCCAGACAUCCUCAUUCAGGAGCCUCUGCAGUCUGGCCGCCCCACACAGCUGACCUGCAUCGUUCCAGGGGCCUGUGAAGGGGGAAGAUCUCUCACCUUCUCCUGGGCAGGAGCUGCUGUUUACUCUCUGAACCCCCAGAACCUCCACUCCUCAGUGCUCACCUUCACCCCGAAGCCCCAGGACCAUGGGACCAACCUCACCUGUCAGGUGAAAUUGCAAAGAUCAAGGGUGACUACAGAGAGAACCAUCUGGCUUAAUGUCUUCUAUGCCCCCAGGAAGCUCACCAUUGAUGGAUUGUACAGAAAUAUCACAGCCCUCAAGAUUCUGCAAAGCACUUCAUCCCUUCCCAUCUUGGAGGGUGAGGCUCUGCAGCUGCUCUGUGUGGCUGACAGCAACCCCCCUGCACAGCUGAGCUGGUUCAAGGGGUCCUCAGCCACGAACGCCACCCCCAUCUCCAGCACCUCCAUCCUGGAGCUUCCUCGAGUGGGGACUGGGGAAGAAGGAGAGUUUACCUGCCAGGCUCAGCACUCCCUGGACUCCAAAAAUAUCUCUUUCAGCCUCUUAGUGGUCUACCCCCCACAGCUGCUGGGACCCUCCUGCUCCUGGGAGGACAAGGGUCUGCACUGCAGCUGCUCCUCCCGGGCCAAGCCAACACCCUUGCUGGGCUGGCGGCUGGGGGAGAGGCUGCUGGAGGAGAACCUCAGCAACACCUCCUACAGAGUCACCUCCAGCUCCGCGGGGCCCUGGGCCAACAGCUCCUUGAUCCUCCCUGCGGGGCUCAGGGCUGGCCUCAGACUUACCUGUGAGGUGCAGAAUGUCCAUGGGGCCCAGAGCGCCAGUGUCCUGCUACUGCCAGGGCAGUCGGCAUCGGCUUCCAGAGUGGUUCCUGCGGCUCUUGGAGGUGCUGGUGCCAUGGCUCUCCUGUCCCUAUGUCUGUGCCUCAUCUCCUUUUGCAUAGUGAAAUUGCGCAGGAAGCAAACAGGCAGGAGACGAAAGAUCACGAAUGAUGAAGACCCUGUCAUGGGCACAGUCCCUUGGGGUUCACAGCAAAAGUCCCAGCCAGACAGGCCCCCAGACCAAGCAUUGCCUGCCAGGGAUAUCCCUCCAACAGGGGAACAGCAGGAGCUCCACUACGCCAACAUCGGCUUUCACGGGUUGAAGCCAUGGGAUCCCCGGGACCAAGAGGCCACCAGCACCUCCGAGUACUCAGAGAUCAAGAGGACAAGCCAAUGAGGACUCGCUCAGACCUUGGUCCUGGCUGGAGGCAUCACAGCCUCUCUGGGGGAAAGAAGUCGGGGACUAGCUGGUGAAGCAUGAGGAGACCUUGUGCAACAUUAACAUUAACCACUGUAAGAGCAUCUGCAGGCAGAGAAGAAAGAAGAAAGGUGACAAGAUUGGAGAGACAGGGGCUGACGCACAGGCUUUGGCACUUCCUUUGGCAUUGUCUUCCGGCGAUUCACUUCCUUUUUCUGUUUCUGUUUUCCAUUCUGUACAGCAGAGAUCCCACAUUCUACUCAAAGGUGGCUGUGAGCAUUAAAGAAAUUAAUGGAAAUUAAUUGAUGGAAAUUAACACAUGGAAAUCAACCAACAGAGGCCUUUAAUGCUCAGCUCUCCCAUUGGGUUCCACCAUCCACUGGAGUUGGGUCUGAAUUUCUUAAGACCACUUGGGUGGUGUAAAGAAAAUCUAAAAUUAUCCUUUCCCAGAGUGUUCACUGGUUUCCAUUGGAGGAUGGAUCUCCCCAAGUCACCAGGACCAGUUCUGACUGUGGUGGUGUCCUGGGUGACCUUCCUCUUGACUUAAACAGCAUCUGCAAGGUGAUCACUUUAGAGUCACAUCUGGACAAGCCUCUCAGCCUCUGGAGGCCCUGGGAUAGCCACCUGCCAUGUUGGGGUGAGGUGAGACAGGAUGAUUUCUCAGCCUUCACAGCACCCCCACAUCUUGUGAAGCUCAAGUUCCCCUUCCAGGCCUGGCCACAGCUGUCACACAGGGUUUCCUGUUGGGGCAUUGU